AUGAUAAAAACAACAAAUCUUACUAAAACAGUUUAUAAUUCUCAUUCAACUCAUUCCCAGCCGAUAAAUUUAUUUACACCAUCAACAACCUCAUCGUCAGGAUCAGUAUGUGAAACAGAUCCGUCAUCGAUAUGUUCGUCCUAUAAGAGUAAUAACGGUGCUCAUGAUGAUAUAACUCAUACGCAACAAGAAGAAUCCAGUUCAUCAUCGAUAGCUCUUUUAGAUAGACUUAAGCGUGAAUUAGUAGCAGUGAAACAAGCCAGAAACCAGUUAGCAGCACUUUAUAAGGUAAAAUGUAAAUCUGAUCUUGAUAAAUCAGCUAAAAUAACAAAACUUCGUUUACAAUUUGAAUAUGAAUUAAAUACAUUUUGUAAACAAGAUCAAAAAGAUCUCGUAUGCUAUUUACAACGACAAUUACUCAUGCGUGAUCAACGUAUUACUGAACUAUCAUAUGAUAUUGAACAAUUGAAAAAUUCUAUUUUAACUAAUAACACGGAUGAUAAUGAGAAAAUAAAUAAAAAAACUCAACCAAUACAAAUUUUACGAAGCAAUGAUCCUGAUCUUGUUACUUCAACAGACAUGGGUAACGAAUGGGAAGGUGGUGAUGUAGAAAAAGGUGCCAAGAUUUUCAAAACCAAAUGUGCUCAAUGUCAUGUUGUUGAAAAAGGUGCUGGAAAUAAACAAGGACCCAACCUCAAUGGUUUAUUCGGACGAACAACUGGUCAAGUUCCAGGCUUUGCUUAUAGUGAUGCUAACAAAAACAAAGGAAUCACUUGGGCUGAAGAUACACUUUGGGUUUACUUAAAAGAUCCAAAGAAAUACAUUCCUGGUACCAAAAUGAUUUUCGCCGGAUUGAAGAAAGAAGAUGAACGACGCGACUUAAUCGCUUACUUGAAAGAAUCAAGCAAAUAA